CUAAACUGUACAAGAAAAGUUAACAGAUAAUUAAAACGGAAAUUUUACCCCAAAUCGCCUAGUUAGUUACCGAAAUUUCUGUUAUUCGUUGACAAUUGUUCCAGUUAUUUAGGGAACUCAACAAUGUCCAUCAUGGAGGCGAGUACUAAAAUUUUGGAAAUUCCUGCUCUUGAAAGGGAUUUUAGAGAGGGAGCUCUCUACGAUGCGCGGAAUGAACAAAUUGUUAUAGGCUACAGCUUGUGGAACGCGGAUGAUGUCGAGAAAAUCAAGGCCCGUCGUAAUGACAGCACCCAUUACUUGAUGAAUGCAUCGGCUACAUUGAGCGAGACAUUAAACGGAUUUGACAUGAGCGCUUCGGUUAAGCUCAGCAUCAUUUCAGGAUUGAUUGAACUCGGAGGAGGAUCAGCUUCCUAUCUGAAGAAGCAGAAAAACACUCGAGGCGAAUGCAGCGUUCAAGUCAAAUGUUUCUACAAAACGGGCUACAAAGAAAUGAGUAUGGACCAGUUGACCCAAAUCAGCUAUCUAGAUGUCGCCAGGACUGGACACAACAACAGAGCGACUCACUUUGUCAUGAAAAUUCAAUACGGCGCCGGUGCCAUUUUCACUUUCACCAAACAAUUUCAAAGUGGAGAAGAAGAGUGGCAAGCCAAGGCUAAGGCUGAGCUCAAUAUUUGUGGCAAAACAAUCACAAGUCUGCUAGACGGAAGUUUGGCAGGAAACUAUCGGAAUUCCUCAAGUAGUAGUCAAAUCCAAUGCGAAUUUAAAAGUUACGGCUUUUCCCUGACUGAAGCGAGUCCGACAACGUACGACGAGGCUCUCAAGUUUGCCAGUAAUUUUGGACGAAUGGCCCAUCAAUCGAUGGCCAGACAUGGCGGUGAGGCACUCGGUGUGCCAUGUAUCGUUUGGUUACAUCCACUCGUGGCACUGCCGGGAUGCGCUAACGCACCGAAACUUCAUUGCGACUUUACCCUCGAUCAGGCGUGUAAAUGGAUCAAGUUUUUUGAAGAUUGCGACGAAUUCGAAAGGAAAUUGAACGUCCCGCUCCCCAUUCCUAGUCUGCCCAAAGGGAACAAAGAUCUGGAAAAGAUGUAUCGUAUUCAAGCGAAUAUUCGAUGGCCUGAAAAGAAAAAAGAAUGUCGAGAAAAAACGGAGUUGGUUACUCGACUCCGCUCCGACGGCCUAACAGAAUUGAGAGAAAUGAUUGUCCAAAUCCGCAGCGGCCUCAUCACUUUUGACCAUUUCAACCAAAAGACAAGUUCAAUCACUAAACCUCUCGACUCUGUCGCUGGGUGGAUCGCGAACGAAGUCGAAUUUUUCCGUUUCAUAAUGCAUUUGCGUUAUUUGGGUGCAUAACACUAUCUAAUCCCAAACAUCGAUUACAUUUGCUUGAUGAGCACCGACAAGCCGCACAACCACUUCCCGCGCAAUAUUAAUUAAUUACAUAAAACUUAACUCCAGUUCGCUUAAAUCCCUGUCUUACUUCGCAUGUCAGUGCGUAAUCGACUAAUCGUCUUUGAUUCAUAAUACAAUCGUGUGACAUGACAUGUUAUUUUAAAUCAAGUUAUAGUCCACGAGUGCCCUACUAAUUCUAGAAUGCAAAUCUUCCUCAAGGGGUUGACACUU